CUGAAGAUACAUCUAUUUAUUGGGACGUAUGGGCAGCAUGGGCCGUGUAUGCGAUGAAUUGGAGCCGAAUGGAGUCGAGCUGGCGUCAAGUUCUUCAACAAAUGAUACUCCUGCAAAAGUGCCAAUAGAUAUUAGCAAGCUCAGACCCGACGAACGCCAUGUUUUCAUAGAGAAGCUCAUCAAAAACAUCGAGAAAGACAACCUCCAGUUGUUGCAGAAGACUAGAAAAAGACUCGAUAGAGUUGACGUCAAAUUGCCGACGGUGGAGGUGCGAUUCAGAAAUCUCAGCGUGGAAGCGGAGUGCGAUGUGAUUCAUGGGAAGCCUUUACCCACGUUGUGGAAUUCUCUUCGGAGCAUUGUCACUUAUCCUGCAGUAAAGCUGUUUGGUUCAAAGUCGCACCGGGCAGAGAUGAGCAUUAUUAACGAUAUCAGUGGCUGCAUAAAGCCUGGAAGGAUGAGCCUGCUGCUCGGCCCUCCGGGAUGCGGGAAGACGACGCUGUUGAAGGCACUUUCAGGGAAUCUAAACACAUCCCUCAAGGUAAGCGGGGAAGUUUCUUACAAUGGAUACAAACUAGAAGAAUUCGUUCCACAGAAAACUUCAGCAUAUAUAAGCCAAGAUGACCUGCACAUCUCGGAGAUGACAGUCAGGGAAACACUCGAUUUUUCAGCCCGUUGUCAGGGUUUAGGCAGCCGAGAAGAAUUAUUGAAGGAGGUCAGCAGAAGGGAGAAGCAAGCAGGUAUCGUUCCAGAUCCGAUUAUCGAUACUUAUAUGAAGGCUACAUCCAUGAAAGGGGCCAGGGGAACUCUUCAAACUGACUACAUACUAAAAAUUCUUGGACUUGAUAUUUGUGCCGGUACUAUAGUUGGAGAUGCCCUAAGAAGAGGUAUCUCUGGUGGACAGAAGAAGAGGUUGACUACAGGGGAGAUCCUUGUUGGCCCCAUACAAACUUUGUUUAUGGAUGAAAUAACCAAUGGCCUUGACAGUUCCACAGCAUAUCAAAUUAUUGCUUGUCUACAGCAGCUGGUGCAUAUCACAGAUGCAACUUUGUUGGUCUCACUGCUUCAGCCUGCACCAGAAACCUUUGAACUAUUUGAUGAUAUUAUAUUGAUGGGUGAAGGAAAAGUUAUAUAUCACGGACCACGUGGUGGCAUUGUCGAAUUCUUCGAAAGCUGUGGCUUCAGAUGCCCUCAAAGGAAAGGGAUUGUGGACUUCCUUCAAGAGGUCAUAUCCAGGAAAGAUCAAGAACAAUAUUGGCAUAAUACUGAGUUACCCUACUCGUAUGUUUCUGUUGAUAUGUUCUCUAAGCUGUUUAGAGAAUCCCCCUUGGGAAAAUGGAUAAACGAGGAUCUCUUAGAGCCAUAUGAUGAGUCUCAAUGCCACAAGCAUGCUCUUUCCUUUAAUGACUAUUCUGUUUCAAAAUGGGAAAUCUUCAGAGCUUGCAUGUCAAGAGAAUAUCUCCUCAUGAGAAGGAACUCAUUUUUAUACAUGUUCAAAUUAAUUCAGCUUGUCAUCAUUGCAAUUGUGACAAUGACCGUGUUUCUUAAGAGUGGGAUGGAUAUUGAUAUCCUUCAUGCAAAUUACUACUUGGGAGCAAUGUUUUAUGCGCUCCUGAUACUUGUUGUUGAUGAAUUUCCAGAGAUACAUUUGACUGUUUCAAGACUCUCAAUUUUCUACAAACAGAAAAUGUUGCACUUUUACCCAGUUUGGGCUUAUGCAAUCCCAUCUAUUAUUUUAAAGAUUCCUAUUUCAUUUGUUCAAUCCCUGGUUUGGACAUCCCUUACGUAUUAUGUAAUGGGAUACAGCCCUGAAGUUGGGAGAUUCUUCCGCCAGUUCCUUAUAUAUUUUUCCGUGCAAAUAUCAUCGGCAUCCAUGUACCGUUUCUUGGCAUCAGUCUGCCAAACUAUGGAUUGUUCAGUAGCAAUUGGCACUCUUCUACUUUUCUUGGAAUUGAUAUUUUGUGGCUUUAUCAUCCCACAAUCGUUCAUGCCAAGCUGGUUGAGGUGGGCGUUUUGGGUUUCCCCUCUCACAUAUGCUACCAUAGGCCUCUCAGGAAAUGAAUUUCAUGCUCCAAGAUGGCAAAGGGUCCUGACAAUGAAUUCUACAAUAGGACAAGAAACACUGAAAAGCCAUGGAUUUUACUUUGAGGAGUACUUUUUCUGGAUUUCAAUUGGUGUCUUACUUGGGUUUGCUUUAGUCUGGAACCUUGGAUUUACUUUGGCCUUAAGUUUCUUGAAGUCCCCUGGAUAUUCUCGAGUUGUCAUUUCACACGAAAAGCUUUCCACAGUAAAGAAAGGAGAUUCUCUCAAUGGUGCAGAUAUGGAAGACGUGUCUAGCUUUUCACAUUCCCGUAAAAAGGAAGAAUCUAGUAAAGUGAAGAUGGUGUUACCUUUUGAUCCGUCAACAUUAACAUUUCAAAAUGUACAAUACUAUGUUGACACACCUCAGGAGAUGAGAAAAGAAGGAUAUGUUCAGAGGAAACUCCAAAUACUGUCAGAUAUCACUGGAGCAGCCAAGCCUGGUGUUCUAACAGCCCUGAUGGGUCCUAGUGGAGCUGGAAAAACUACUCUUCUCGAUGUUCUGGCAGGGAGGAAAACUAUAGGAUACAUAGAAGGCGAAAUCAGAGCAAAUGGUUAUCCUAAAGUUCAAGAAACAUUUGCUAGGAUAUCAGGUUAUUGUGAGCAAAAUGAUAUACAUUCUCCUCAAAUCACAGUAAAAGAAUCUUUGAUUUUUUCUGCUUGGAUGCGCCUUCCCGCUUGUAUUGAUUCAAAAACUAAAACUAAAUUUGUGCAAGAAGUUAUCGAGACAAUUGAACUUGAUGGAAUGGAGGAUGCUUUAGUUGGCACACCUGGUCUUAGUGGACUAUCAACUGAGCAACGGAAACGACUCACAAUUGCUGUGGAACUCGUUGCUAAUCCUUCCAUAAUAUUCAUGGAUGAACCUACCACAAGUCUAGAUGCAAGAGCUGCGGCCAUUGUCAUGCGUGCUGUGAAGAAUGUAGUUGAUACAGGUAGAACAAUUGUUUGCACAAUCCACCAACCAAGCAUUGACAUAUUUGAAGCAUUCGAUGAGUUGAUUUAUCUAAAAAAUGGUGGGAGUUUAAUCUACUGUGGACCAUUGGGACAAAAUUCUAGUAAGGUUAUAGAAUACUUCGAGAAUAUACCUGGGGUGACCAAGAUCAAAGAUAAUUGCAACCCGGCGACAUGGAUGCUAGAGGCUACUUCAUCUUCAGUAGAAUCUGAACUAGGAAUCGAUUUUUCUGAAAUUUACAAGAGUUCUGCCUUGUAUGAGAACAAUAAAGAGCUUGUAAGGCAACUGAGUAAUCCCCCUCCAGGUUCCAAAGAUGUGUAUUUUCCAACCCAAUAUGCCCAAAACUAUUGGGGACAGAUCAAAAAUUGCCUAUGGAAACUGCAUUUAUCUUAUUGGAGAAAUCCUUCAUACAACUUGAUGCGUUUCGUGUUCACUAUUGUAAUUUCGUUGACUCUAGGCAUCCUCUUUUGGGACCAAGGAAGUAAAAUAAACAACCAGCAGAAUUUAUUCAACAUUUUUGGUUCAAUGUAUGGAGCUGUGAUGUUCCUUGGAAGCAACAGCGGCUCAGCUGUUCAACCAUCUGUGGCAACCGAGAGAGUCGUUAUGUAUCGAGAAAGAUUCGCUGGGAUGUACUCUUCCUGGUCUUAUGCUCUUGCACAGGUGUUGAUCGAGAUUCCCUACCUAUGUGCACAAGCUGUAGUGUUUGUGAUAAUCACAUAUAGUAUGAUAGGAUACUAUGUGACGGCAUAUAAGGUGUUUUGGUACUUCUAUGCCAUCUUCUCUACACUGCUGACCUUCAGCUUUUUAGGAAUGCUUCUUGUCUCUUUGACACCGAAUAUUGCAAUAGCUGGAGCUUUAACCUCUACUUGCUAUCCAUUGACUAAUCUUUUCUCUGGCUUUUUGCUUCCUAAACUGAAAAUACCAAGCUGGUGGAUCUGGAUGUAUUAUUUACUGCCAACAUCUUGGACUUUAAACUUGCUGCUGACUUCACAAUAUGGAGAUGAUAAUGGUGAACUUAUGGUAUAUAAUGAAACUACAACAGUAUCUACUUUGUUAGAGCAGUAUUUUGGGUUUGGAAAUCAUCACAUUGCUGUUUCUGCUGCUGUUCUCUUCUGCUAUCCCUUAAUUUUUUCAUCACUUUUUGCAUUCUUUAUCAACCGUUUGAACUUCGAGCGAAGAUAAAAUCGUCUUCCCGCUCUUGGACACGAAUUUUCAAUAAAUUGUUCAGAAUUCUUUGUAUUCAUGUGUAACUUGGGUUUAAUAAAUCUAUGGUUUCCUUCAUAUAUGUAACA